AUGGCUGAUGUAGAACAGCCCGAGGGCGAGCUUCAGAGCCGCAAUGUCACCUACUGUGGUGUCUGCACUCUGCCUCCGGAGUAUUGCGAGUACGGCGGAACCGCCAAGAAGUGUCGAGAAUGGCUAGAGAAGAACGAGCCAGAACUGUACGGCCGCAUCUGGUCACCAGAGGCCCUUGAAGCUGCUACCGCAUCACUAUCGGUGGAAGCUCAGAAACGAGCGGCGAAGGACGCCCAGAAGAAGACCGCAAAGGCCGAGGCCGCCGAGGCCAAGCAUGCCGAUAUGCUAGCCAAGAGUGUCAUCACGAUCAAGCGCAUCGAGCGAAACAAGAAGAAGUACGUCACGGCCGUGAUAGGACUCGAGUUGUUCGACCUGGAGCUGAAGAAGGUUUCGAAGGAUCUUGGUAAAAAGUUUGCUACCGGCUCUUCAGUCACGAAGCUUCCUAGCGGUGGAGAAGAAAUUGUUGUGCAGGGUGAUGUGAGCAUUGAGCUGCAGGAGUUCCUGCUUGAGAAGUACAAGCAGAUACCGGAGGAUCACAUUGAACUUGUCGAGGACAAGAAGAAGAAGAAGGGAGCCACCGCACCUCCUUAG